AUGCGUGUGCUACUCCCUAUCUUGCUCCGCGCGGCGAUUACCAUUAUCACCGACUCUCGGCCAUCGUUCGUCUCCACUACGGAAACUCCGCGCGGAGGAAGCGUGCUCGACCUCCGAUACAUCCAGAGAUUCGCGAUCAGCCUCAAUGUGGCCCACCGGUUCGCGUCCCACGCCCCAUGCAUUGUUAAGCGCGAGCCAAGCAUACACGGGCCACCUGCCUGUAGCCCCAUGGAGGAUAGGGAUGUCUGCAGCGUCAGGCGAUAUCCUUCGUAUCCUAGGCUAGACCAGGUUGAUCGCUCUGCCGAGAUGUGCUCCAUGCAUGAGUGUCAACGACAGUGCAUGGAUGUGCGGCGUGCGAGAUACUGGUGUGCGCGCUCGCUGACCGGGAAAUACGAUGCAACCUGGCUGUUCGGCGAUCAAAGGCUUCUGGAGUUAAGCUACGAUCGAGGGAAAUCUUCUGAUGAAGCAUUCGGUAGACUAGGACAGGCUCUGGUGCCCCGCAAGAUAAAGGGGCGUCAUCUUGAUACCGCCUUCCGCGGAGCGGUACAAAGUGCUGGGGGCGGCCACAUCGUGACGUUGGUCCCCCACUUGGAUAAUUCAUCCACGUUUGAGGCUCUUGUGUACUUGCAUGAGCCUCAUACGCAUCUCGACGAAUUUGGAAGAGUCUUCCUGAAAAUCCGCUUUGUUUGGAAGCGCAAUUCCACUCGGAAUUUUGUAUCUGUGCGACAGAGUGCCUCCUUGGAUGGUCAGUGUGUUCUGCAUUGUAGAUCCCCGCAUGUUCCGCAAUCGAAACGCCAAAAACGCGCAGUACAGGACCCACUUUUAGAAACUCGACACACGUCAAUGAUGCGGAUGCCAUCAACAGCUUAG